AUGUUAAUACAUAAUGAUUCCAAUUUUUUCAUUAAACCUAAUGCCAUAGUUAAAUUGUAUAAAUAACUUAAACCAAAGACAGUUGAAACUGAUAGAAAAAGAACUAAUUAUAUUUUAAAUAAGAAAACAUAAUAAAUGAACAUUUUGCAUUUCUCAAAACCUAUGCUAUUAUUAUCAAUUCCUGAAGAACAAAAAUCAAUAAGAAAUCACAAUCAAACUUGUAGAAGUAGUACAGGAUGUACAAGAACUCCAAAUAGAAGAAGAAAUUUGAUGACUUCACCUAAAGAAUCCCGUCUUGGUUAUAAAAUAUUACAUUACUAAGAAUAAGAAGUUCCAUAUGAAAUACAUAGUCAAAUGCCAAUAUCAUAAAUCAAUCCUAAAUUUAUUAUAUAAUAAAAAUAAGGUUGUGCUAUUAAUCGAUUACCCAAUUUCAAACUAUAAUUAUUCAAUCAAUUACCAGGAUUAAGAUAACAAUUAGAAUUAUGUUGA